AUGGGUGAUCAGUUUGUGCGAGAAGUGCUCAGCUUAUGCUUGCAAAGGCUUGCUAUUGAAGAAGCUUCCAACUCUGAGCUCGAAUUUAUUGAGGUGGUGAGGAACUUUGAAGCCGCCAGGAAGAAAUGGCUGCAUGCAGAGCUGGAGCUGAAGAAACAGAAGGAGCUGCUUGUGAAGUCUGAUGUGGCUCGAGCUGCUCUGGAGGUCAAACUCAAACAUGCUCGAAACCAGCUGGAUGUGGAGAUCAAGAAACGCUACAAAGCUGAGGCGGACUAUCAGUGUCUGGAACGGCAGAUGCAGCUGAUAUGUGACGUACUGGUGCAUGACAGCAAGUCAAAUGCCUGUCUGAAUGAUGAGCAGAGGUCAAUGCUGACCAGCUUCAGUCAUAAAGGAGCCUGUGUCCCGCAACACAGAGGAAAACGGUUAUCAGUGAUAGAUGAAUCUUCGUUCCUGUCGCACUCUGACAUUAGUUAUGACAGAACGGAUGAUGAUUUGGACUUGGACAGCACUGCGUUUGUCAAGCCUCUCAAGUCAAGAGCUCGCGAGAGAAGACGUUCAUCGUUGGGCCCAGUUGUUGGUCUUCCAGUGCCAAAACGGGGAAGAGUCAGUGGCCGUUCAGGAGAUCUGCUGGUCUCUAGACCGCUGGAGAAGGAAAUCGAGACGACGGUUGUGAAGGCGUCUGUCAGUACUCCAGAGACUGGAAGUCAGAUUCACAUGGUAAUAGACAUAACCCAGGAGGCUCCAGAACAUCCAUCCAGAGCUCUCAGAAAUGAACAUUUUUCCUCUGUUGUUGGUAAAUAAGCCUUAGAGGCUCCACUUUUGAUGACACAUUCUAACCUUCCCAAACUAAGCGGAGUCCUCCGUGCAGAACAAACAUCUGUGUGGGCUCACAGUGAAGUCAUCCAGGCUGAGACGAUGGUUGAAAUGGAGGUGAGCGCCGUGGAGCCGGCCGUCCUUCAGGACCUCACGCCCACUGUGGAGAAAACUGUGCAGCAUGUGUUCCAGCAGAAAACAGUGAUUCGUCCUGAAACAUGCAUGCCAUGUGGAAAACGCAUUCGCUUUGGAAAGCUAGCUGUAAAAUGCAGAGACUGUCGAGUGGUGAGCCAUCCUGAGUGUAAACACCUGUGUCCGGAGAGGUGCAGUCCUAAUGCUCACGGUUCACCCCACCCCAAUGAGGUAGAAAAGUUAGAGAGCUUUGCCCCUUCCACACGUCCAAGGAUUCCCUCUAUCAUUGUUCAGUGUGUUUAUGAAAUUGAGAGACGAGGACUUGAAGAGAAAGGCAUUUAUAGAGUGCCAGGAGGAGAGCGGCAGGUGAAGGAACUGAGGGAGAGGUAUCUUUACGGGAAAGGCCCACUGAUGCUCCACAAAGUAGAUGAGGUUCAUGCUGUCUGCGGGCUCCUCAAAGACUUCCUGAGGAAACUCAGUGAGCCUCUCAUCACAUUUAAGCUUCACAGAACCUUCAUGGAAGCUUCUGAGAUGGCUGACGAAGACAAGAGCGUAGAAACGUUAUUAAAGACUAUCAGAGAGCUGCCGCAGCCUAACAGAGACACCCUGGCCUUCCUAAUGCUGCAUUUACAGAGGGUGAUGCAGAGUCCAUUGUGUCAGAUGGAUCUGAAUAAUUUAUCCAGAGUGUUUGGACCUACAAUUAUUGGCCACGCAAUGUCAGAACCUUCUCCUAUGACCAUCAUGAGAGACACAAACACACAACCCAAAGUUGUAGCUCGCUUACUGUCCUUCCCUUCAGAUUUCUGGGAAGGUUUUCUUGCUGAGGAAAAUGAUCCAGUCAACCCUCCUGUGAUCGAGAAGAACAUCGCUAGUGUUUGUCCAAGCACUAGCAGAGAUAAGAUAUUCAAACCUCUGACCUCUCCUGAGCUGAGCAAAUACUCUAAAACUACAUCCGGCGGCUCAAUCAAGGGUCGGAUAAAGCAUUUUGGUGGCACUUUCAAUAACCCGUAAGCUAUUAUUCCUA